ACGGUGAGAAAAUGUAAAAAAUUGCGCAUGCGUCGUAUGCUAGCCAAAGCCAGCCCCUUGCUCCCGUUGCGUGUGGGAAAUCGUGAGCCAGUCGUGUGAGGAAAAGCUCGCGGUCCGCAGCCGAGCUGCCGUCGUGAAGUUGUCGGCUAGCUGUCCAUUGAGGGAAGAGCAGUGUCACUGGACGUCAGUACUUUUUCGAAGACACUGCCAUGUAAAAGUGGCCAAUAGCCUUUUGAUAAACCCUGGUAUGGUUUGCUGUGGGCGGAUUGCCUAUGGCCGACCAACCUAACAGCCAGUCAGGGGGGUUAAAGAAGCCACAGUCUCUCGUCGGGACACGGUCUCCCAUACAAACCAGGUCCCGCACACGCACCUUGGCUCACUGUGACAGCUACCCGUCAACCCACAACGGAAUUGCAUUGGACGCUCAACAGCCACCAGCUCAGCCACCACCACAGCAGCAACCGCAGCAGCCGGAUCAGCCGCCUAGCAGCGCAGUGAAGCGCAACCUUGAUUCUGACGACGCACCCCAGCAGCACAAGAAGCUCAAGAGCCACUUCAGGCCUUGCAGGGGCCACGGGGGGGAUCGGCCGGAGAAGGGUUGCGCCCUGGAGAGCGGGGCGGCGGGGGGCCGGGCCAGCAAGGGGGGCGGCGGGGCCCGGGGGGCAGCCAGCAGCGGCAAGGCGGCCACCACGGGGUCGUGUGCCAGUAGCAGUGGCAGCGGCAGUCGGCGGCGUUCGUGCCGGGGGGCCAAGCUGGCCGGGGGGGCACCCUCGGGAGGAGGCCCCAUGGACCAAGGGGCCGCCUCCUCCUCUUCCUCCAACCAUCACUUGCCGCCACCUGAUGCCCAGCCACCCGCUGCCAGUAGAGUUGGUAACAGCUCAGGCACAGCAGACAGCGAAUCUGAUGACAACGAGAUGGGAAGAUUGCAAGCCCUGCUAGAAGCCAGAGGCUUGCCUCCUCACCUGUUUGGUGCCCUUGGUCCACGCAUGCAGCACUUCCUGCACCGGUCUAUCGGCAGCAGUGCCAGCAGCCGAGCACAGCAGCUGUUGGCAGGGCUGCAAUGUGGUGAGGAGGGUCAGCAGCUGCAGGCCACCAUGGAGAUGUGCCAGCUUUUGGUCAUGGGCAACGAGGACACCCUGGCGGGAUUCCCCGUCAAGCAGGUGGUGCCUGCCCUGACAGCUCUGCUGGCUCUCGAGCACAACUUUGACCUCAUGAACCACGCCUGCCGUGCACUCACCUACAUGAUGGAAGCCCUGCCUCGCUCUUCAGCCGUUGUUGUCGACGCACUGCCGGCGUUCCUCGAGAAGCUCCAAGUCAUACAGUGCAUGGAUGUUGCUGAACAGUCCCUUACUGCACUCGAGAUGUUGUCUCGGCGGCAUAGCAAAGCUAUCCUGCACGCGCGUGGUGUGUCGGCCUGCCUCACGUACCUGGACUUCUUCUCCAUGAGUGCUCAGCGGGCUGCACUGACGGUGGCUGCCAACUGCUGCCAGAGCCUGACAGCCGACGAGUUCCCCUUGGUGGGGGACUCUGUAGCGCUGUUGAGUGGCCGCCUCUCGCAUGGCGACCGCAAGUCGGUCGAGUCGGCCUGCUUGGCCCUGGCACGCCUGGUGGACUGUUUGGCGGCUCACGGGCCCCUUCUCCAGGAGGUUGCUGCCCAAGGGUUGCUACCAGCCGCGCAGGGCCUCCUUGCCCUCUCGCCACCUCCAGUGUCAUCGGCCACAUUUGUAAUGGUGGUCCGCAUGUUGGCUGUUCUCUGUGCCGCCUGCCCACAUCUUGCAGUCCAGUUGCUGAACAAUAACAUUGCCGAGACACUGCGUUUUCUUCUCAUGGGCAACUCUGAUCCUCUAGGAGAUGAUAUAGAGCUUGUUCCAAGGAGUCCUCAAGAGCUGUACGAGAUAACAUCCCUGAUAGCAGAGCUAAUGCCAGUGCUGCCCCAGGAUGGCAUCUUCGUGGUGGACUCUCUCCUAGUGAAGCCAAAUGCUCACCAAACUGAUGCGGUGCUGUGGAAGUGGAGAGAUGACAGAGGGCUUUGGCACCCAUACUCUUCCAUUGACUGCAAAAUCAUUGAGGCGGCUCACCAGUCGGGCGAGGAUGAGAUCAGCCUCUCCACGAUGGGCAAGACCUAUACUCUUGACUUCAAUUUGAUGCAGCAGAUCAAUGAGGACACUGGCACUGCACGACCUGUGCAGAGGGUCACCAACCAGGGCAUGGCGCAAAUGCUGUCGGGCGGCGCUUCAGCAACCGCAACGGGAGCGUCCUUGUCUUCUCCUUCGUCUUCCUCCUCUUCGCCGUCACAAAGUGGCGGAGGGGCCACUGCCGUGGCAGCUGAUCCACGUGCCAUGUGGCUUCGCGAGCAGAGCCACGCUGGGGGCCGGGCGUUCCUAGGAGCCCUGUUUGGUGCUCUGCACGAGGUGUACAGCAGCUCUGCGGGACCUGCGGUACGACAUCGCUGCCUGCGGGCACUGCUGCGCAUGGUGCACUGUGCCCCAGCACCACUCCUGGCAGAGGUGCUGCGAUCCCAACUUGUUGCGUCUCACCUGGCAGCCAUGCUCUCCUCUCAAGACCUCCAUGUUGUGGUGGGUGCCCUACAGAUGGCCGACAUCUUGAUGCAGAAACUGCCUGAGGUGUUUGGGGUGCAUUUUCGGCGAGAGGGUGUCAUGCACAGAGUGAAGCAGCUGGCUCAGGAAGAAGUGUCCACAGCUAGUGGGGAUAAUACAUCUGGUUCAUCCAAGUUUGCCGAGGAUUCCUCUGCACUGGCCAGCUCUAGCCGUGAUGGCCACACAGCUGCCACCAUGCUCUGGGGCGCACUGUCCUCCUCCUCAGCUGGUCACCUGCCACCUAUGAACAAUUCUGGGGACAGUGACCACUUCAGUAUGGGUGCCGCCAGUGCUCAAAUGCGACUAAGUGACGUGCUGAAGCGCAAGCGGGCAGCCAAGCGGAGCAAUGCCUCGAGCCGCAAGGUGCGCACGGAGGAGGGACCCCGCAGUGGGGAGAAUCCACCCCUGGGCCCCAGCGGCCGGCGUUCCGUGCGCUCCGUGCGGGACAGCCCAUUCUCUCUGCCACCACCACCGCCAGAGGGCGCUGCCAGCCCAGCCAGCAGCACGUCCCUCUCACCGAGUGGCGGCACAGCCGGGGGCUCAGCCGGAAGCGCAACCACGACAUCGCGAGGCGCUGGCGGCCGGUUGAGUUCUGCGGCGGCCCGCACCACAUCGUUCCUGGCAAGCCUCAACCCGAGCCGCUGGGGUCGCUGGGCCAACCCACCCCUUGUGGGACACCUCAGCAGCCAGGAGUAUCCCAUGGAAGUGAAGUCCAGCAUGGGGUCAUUUUCUGGAAAUAAAGAGAAGAUAAAGCUUUGGAUUCAUGAUCAAGCCAAGCAGUUUGAUGACAAGCACUUUACAUCUGACCAGGGAAGCUCUCAUCCUGCUCUGAACACAUUAAAUCGUCUCCUAGCUUCUCUAGAACACCUAGACACUUUGACAAACCAUGGACUUCAGGCACUGCAGGAGAUUCGUGCAGUGCUUCUUGAAGGGGAUGUCUCAUCAUUUGAGGUCAUCCACAGUGGCCUUGUGAGUCGCCUGCUCAGCUUCCUUACAACAGCCAAUUGCCAUCGGGACGACCGGUUACGCACCUUUCUCCAGGUUUUCCUGCACACCCCACAGUACAAUCCGGAUGUGGUGUAUGACCACGUGAUUCCGUCUCCGGGCCCGCUGAGCGCCUUGGUGCAGAAGCUCAAUGCGUGUGUGAGCCAGCUGGAACAGUUCCCAGUCAAGGUACAUGAUCUUCCUGGUGCUGUUGGAGGUGGCCGAGGCACUUCUGCACUCAAAUUCUUCAACACCCAUCAGCUCAAGUGCAACCUUCAGAGGCAUCCAUCCUGUUCUAACCUGCGGCAGUGGCGAGGGGGACCUGUGAAAAUAGAUCCCUUGGCACUGGUCCAGGCCAUUGAACGGUACCUGGUAAUCCGGGGCUACGGGAGGAUACGAGAUGAAGAUGAUGGUGGUAGUGAUGAAGAGAAUUCUGAUGAAGACAUUGAUGAUACUAUGGCUGCCAUGAUGAUAAACCAAGGCCAAGCACGGCAUAAACUGCAGUUCCUUAUUGGGGACCACCCACUACCGUAUGGCAUGACUGUGUACCAGGCCAUCCGGCAGUACAGCGGUGCAAGCCCUGAUGGCCAGGAAACGGACACAGACUCUGAAAACCCCAUGGGUUAUGCCAACAUCUGGGUGCAGACCCAUACCAUUUGGUACCGUCCUGUUCCUGAGGAUGAUCGUAGCGGAGCAGCCUCAAGUUCAAGUCGAGCAGGCCAGUCGUCAUCGGCACCAAGCCUUUCUAGUCGCCGGAACAAAAGCUCCUCUGGCUCCAAAUCUGCUGCCAAAAAGAAAGAUGAUCUCUGGAAUGAAGGUGUAGUACCUGAGACUGCCUCACUGCUGCACCAGCACCUGAGCUCAACGUUGCCAGAGUCUGUCACUAUUCAAGAUCCGUCUUUGCCUGUGAUUGCACUGCUCAGGGUUGUCUAUGCCCUGUCACAGCACUGGGGUUAUCUUUAUGAGCUUCAUUCUUACCACCCUGCACUUCCAAGAUCAGAGUUUGUCAACAGCAAGCUUACAGCCAAAGCUAAUAGGCAGCUGCAGGACCCGCUUGCCAUCAUGACAGGGAACAUCCCCUCCUGGCUCACUCAAGUUGCCUAUGCCUGCCCGUUCCUGUUUCCAUUUGAGACUCGUCACCUCCUCUUCUACACAACGUCAUUUGAUCGAGACCGUGCCCUGCAGAGGCUACUAGACAUGACCCCUGAUCUCUCUGGGUCAGACAACAGCGAAAGGGUCACCCCGCGGUUAGACCGCCGAAAGAGGACGGUUGCUCGAGAUGAUCUUCUAAAGCAGGCUGAGGUGGUCAUGCAAGACCUUGGUAGCUCAAGGGCACUGCUGGAAAUUCAGUAUGAAAAUGAGGUUGGCAGUGGUCUUGGACCCACACUGGAGUUCUAUGCACUAGUCUCCAGGGAACUGCAGCGGUCAGACCUGGAUAUGUGGAGAGGAGAAACAGUGUCUGUUCUCAAAGGUGGUGAGGAGCCAGUGAGGUAUGUGCAUAGUCCGUGCGGGCUGUUCCCACUGCCCCUUGGCAGGAAUGCCAAGGUGGGCCAUGUGAGCAAGGUUCGCUCCCGCUUCAAGUUGUUAGGCAAGUUUGUGGCCAAGGCACUCAUGGAUUCGCGCAUGCUAGACCUGCCACUCUCGCUGGCUAUGUACAAGUGGAUGCUGGGCCAUGAGGGUUCACUCUCCCUGGCUGACAUGGAAUUGAUUGAUCCGGGUCUGGCACAAUCCCUACGACAGCUCCACCAGGUUGUGCAGGAGAAGCGAAGAAUAGAGCGUGAUCGCAGCCUCAGCCCCGCAUGCGUGCGCCGGCGGGUGGAGGCCCUGCAGCUGGAUGGCUGUCAGGUGGAGCUCCUGGGACUGGACUUCACACUGCCAGGUGGCGGCCAGAUAGAGCUGCGGAGAGGUGGAGCCCAGAUGGGAGUCACUGUGCACAACCUGGACCAGUACCUGGUCCUGGCCGUUCACUGGGCUGCCCUGGAGGGCGUGCGCCGGCAGAUGGAGGCUUUCCGCGAGGGAUUUGAGGCAGUCUUCCCCCUGGCACAGCUCACUCUCUUCUACGCUGAUGAGGUCAGUCUCGCCUUUCCAUUAGUUGCUUAG